AUGCCAGACUGGGUUGCACUGAGGCUCAGGCUGGUGCAUGCAUUUUUCGCUACGCGUGGCUGCUGCAGAUUGCUGCCGACUGUUGUCAGCUGCUGUCAGCAAUUGACGAUUGUGGCUGACUAUUAUCGACUGACAAUUGUGCCAAUCACCAAGUUCACAAGUACUUCUAUACCAUGGUGUGGUUCUGAGGUGCACAAGAAGAGAUUCUUGGUUAAUUUGCAUCAUGUUACAUCAGAAGCACACUUCCAGAAGUGGUGUGCCACCUAUGCUUAUGCCAUACCUGAUGAUGUGCAUGUCAAGCUAGCGGCAUCUUCGACUGACGAUGUGCCUUGUGUAGAUUCGAAAGAUCUGAAUGCCAGAAUUAUCACAUUUCAUCCGUUCUAUUUUUCUUUGUGCUUCACGUUCCCAUUGUCGAAGUUCUUCAGGAAGGUAUUCUGCACCAUGGAUUGUGCCCCAAGCCAAUGUACUUCGAACGUCUACCGGGUGAUCAUGUGUUCUGAGAAUUUGAGCAGUUUCUUCAAGCUGGAUCUAACGAUGUGA